AUGGGGAAUGUGCCAUCUGCGGUGAAGCACUGCCUCAGCUACCAGCAGCUUCUCCGGGAGCAUCUCUGGAUCGGGGAUUCAGUGGCUGGGGCACUCGACCCUGCGCAGGAAACAUCCCAGUUAUCUGGAUUCCCUGAGUAUGUUAAAAUAGUGGAAGUUGGACCUAGGGAUGGAUUGCAGAAUGAAAAGGUUAUAGUUCCUACAGAUAUAAAAAUUGAAUUUAUCAAUCAACUUUCCCAAACUGGCUUGUCUGUAAUAGAAGUGACCAGCUUUGUGUCCUCCAGAUGGGUACCACAGAUGGCUGAUCACACUGAAGUGAUGAAAGGCAUUCAUCAAUACCCAGGAGUUCGAUAUCCUGUCCUUACUCCUAAUCUUCAGGGUUUUCACCGUGCUGUUGCUGCUGGAGCCACUGAGAUAUCAGUUUUUGGUGCUGCAUCUGAAUCCUUUAGCAAGAAGAAUAUUAACUGUUCUAUUGAAGAAAGUAUGGAGAAGUUUGAGGAGGUUGUUAAGUCUGCAAGGCACAUGAAUAUUCCAGCACGAGGGUAUGUGUCUUGUGCCCUGGGCUGUCCGUAUGAAGGAAACAUCACACCACAAAAAGUGACAGAAGUAUCUAAGAGAUUGUAUGGCAUGGGCUGUUAUGAGAUCUCUCUGGGAGACACCAUUGGAGUGGGAACUCCAGGAAGCAUGAAGAGAAUGUUGGAGAGUGUCAUGAAAGAAAUCCCACCUAGUGCUCUUGCUGUUCACUGCCAUGACACAUAUGGACAAGCCUUAGCAAAUAUCCUUAUGGCCCUUCAGAUGGGGAUUAAUGUGGUGGACUCGGCAGUAUCCGGAUUAGGUGGCUGCCCUUAUGCAAAAGGUGCUUCUGGAAAUGUAGCCACUGAGGAUUUGAUAUAUAUGCUUAAUGGCUUGGGGCUCAACACAGGUGUGAAUCUUUACAAAGUGAUGGAAGCUGGUGACUUUAUUUGCAAAGCUGUGAAUAAAACCACAAACUCUAAAGUAGCACAAGCGUCCUUCAAUGCUUGACUUGAAUGAACUUGUGACUCAAG